AUGAAUGCAGCACAGAAGAAUAGAUUAUGUGAUGGUACUGAUUUACAAGAACAAAUUCAACAAUCUCAUCUGCAACAAAAAAAAGAAAGAUCAACAUCAUUAAAACGGCAUAAUACAAAUCAUAGCCAAUUCGAAGAACAAACAUUAUCAGAUAGAAUCGAUGAUGAUGAUAAUAUGGAAUAUCAACAAGGUAUGCAUCACAGAGUUAAAAAGAAACUAAAAGACAAAGAAGAAAAAUAUACAACAAGAACAAUAUUUGAUUCCAAUUCAUUAACUGAAAAUAAUAACAAAAAUUCAAAUCGAACACAAACUAGUAGAUCAGGAAUAUUUCAACAACAUCAAUCUUUAUUAUUAGAUAAUACUACUACUAAUAAUAAAUAUAAUCAUAAUCAUAAUAAUUGCAAUAAUAACAUCAACAAAUUUAAUGAUGAUCAAACAAAAAUAUCUCAACAAGCUCUUAAAUUUGCAGCUGAAAACCAUUUACAACCUCUGAAAUUUGAAUGCGAACCAAAAAUUAAUGAAUAA